AUGUCUCGCUCUCAAAGCCCCAAGACUGAAUCAGCCAUACUGCCUGCGCACGACACCCCUAGAAAAGCAUCCCCCAAGAGCUCGUGCAAGGGAUCGCAGAUAUGCUCAGACGACGAGGGUCCCGAAGAAUGUGAAGUCAAGUUCGAAACCAACACUCCCUCAAGCCCGUCCAACGCCCGUCCUAAUGCCGUCAUCAUCGGUAGUGAGGAAAGAGCCGAUGUCUGCAUCAUCGUCGGCGAAGGCGACGCCACACAUUCUUUCGAGUUCAACGCCGGCGUGCUUGCUUCGACCUCGGCAGAGUGGGACAAGAUCCUGCCUGAUCCCGCCACUGCUGGCAAGCCCUGCCUUGUGCUCCCUGCCAUUGAUCCCGCCGCCAUGGAGGUGCUUUUGCACGCCUGCCACUUCGAAUACGGACUUGUCCCCAUGACGGCCUCUCCGGAUCUACUCUACCAGAUCGCGAGCACUUUGAGCUCGUUUGAGAUGGGCCCCGUGGUUGCCAUGUUUGCGCCUGCCUGGCUGGACAGCAUCCGUGACACGAUCCAUUCGCCACAGGAUGAGUCUCGCGAGCGGCAACCAGCAGUCCCUUCGAGGAAGCGCAAGCGUUCGCGCCGCGAGUCGGAGGCAGGCGCGGAUGCAGGUGGCUCUUCUCAAGAGAAUGAAACCUUCGAAGGUGUUUCGGAGGCCAUGUUACCGUCUGCUCGUCUGGCGGAUACACAUGCACAGGCUCCGAAGCUGGAGCACGAAAGCGUCAGUCGAUACGCUGCAGAGCGUCCCGACCAUGGCUCUGGGGAAUCAUUGACAGUCAUGAGCAUCGUCCCCGACAGCGAUCGUGUCAUCCUCAUCUCCUGGGAGCUUGGCGAUAAGCAGCUUUUUCUCUGCGCAGCCAGAACACUGAUCAAUGACUCUAGUCUCGGCGAUUACGAAGAAGUCGUCGGUCCUUCUGAUCUAGUUCUCACGAAUCACAGAUACAACGGACGGAUGAUGGGCAUGAUUGACAGCAUCAUACAGAUGCGAGCCGAUAUUGUUGCAAUGGCCUUCAGAGUCCUUUCGGAGAUGCAGAUCAAGCUUUGCCACAGCUUGAGCUGCACAGUCCAAGACUGCAACACGGAGAGACAAGAAAACUGCGCCAGAGUCAUUCUCGGCGCGUUCGUUCAGUUCCUUCUUCAGAACCCCGACCUCAACUGUCUCGACAGACCAGCCGCAUACAAGGGUACCGUGCGGGACCUUGUCCGCAGACUUCAGGACGGGGCCUCGGUGCGUGUUCGCGCCAGACACGCAAACUGCAAUGCCUUUGCCCAGGCGGUGGCGCGGAUCACGGACUAUCACCUCGAUGUGAUGCGGAGUGUGAGACUCACCGCAGACCAGGUUGCGCACAUGAGUUUGCGAUCGGCGACGGCAUAG